CUGCCAUGACACAGUGGAUGCUGCACAGAAUCAGAUCCACAGCAUCAGCAGGCAGCAGACCUCCAUCCUCCUCGUUAUCCCUCUCUCUUUCUCUUUUUUUCUCUCCUCCUUCGUCUCUCCUCCUCUCACCACCACCCUUGCUCUCUCUCUUUUCUGUCCCUUCUCCUCUCCCUUCGACAGACACGCAGGCCUGCUUGAGUACACUGCAGCAGAGGACCUUAAACACACCAGCAGCAGGAAUACCAGCAGCAGCAGCAGUGGCGGCGGUGGCAGCAGGCGGACUGAGCUCUCCUCAUCACCAGUCUUCCCAUCCCACUUCUCUCUUCUCUGUCCUUCUCUUGCAUCUUACCUUCCUCUCACUCCCUUUUCCUCUUUCUUGAAACCCCUCUUUCUCCUCCCUCUCCAUUACCCCGUCCAACUCCAUCUCCUUGUCACGCCUCUUCUCCUUCCGGUCGGCCGGUUUCCCAGGAUGCCUUGUUCCAGGCCGUUCCGCUAGGCCCCAGCAGCAUGGGCGGAGCCUGGGUGGGGAGAGAGAUUACGGAUUGGACCCUUCCCCUCAGGACGGGCGCGCUGGCGGGUCAGCCUCCCUCAGCUUCAGAUGGGCGAGGACGCUGAGAGCCCCAAAAUCAACCACACCUUCCUGCGAGACUACGUCACUGAAGCCGAUGUCAUCUCUACGGUGGAGUUUAACCAGACGGGGGACCUGCUGGCCACGGGGGACAAAGGUGGCCGAGUGGUCAUCUUCCAGCGAGAGAUUGAGUCUAAAGGGGAGUCAGAGGAGGUGGGGGAGACGGGGGACUCUGGGGAGUACAACGUCUACAGCACGUUUCAGAGCCAUGAGCCAGACUUUGACUACCUAAAGAGUCUGGAGAUCGAAGAGAAAAUCAACAAGAUCAGAUGGCUGCCACAACAGAAUGCAGCACAUUUCCUCCUUUCCACCAAUGAUAAGACCAUUAAACUGUGGAAGGUGAGUGAGAGAGACAAGAGACCGGAGGGAUACAACCUGAAAGAUGAGGAGGGACGGCUCAAGGACAUCUCUACCAUCACCUCCCUGCAGGUGCCAGUGCUGAAACCUACAGAUCUAAUGGUAGAGGUUCGUCCCAGACGAGUGUUCGCUAAUGGACAUACCUACCAUGUCAACUCCAUCUCGGUCAACAGCGAUGGGGAGACCUACCUGUCUGCUGAUGACCUGCGCAUCAAUAUGUGGCACCUGGGCAUCACAGACCGUAGUUUCAACAUUGUAGACAUCAAACCAGCCAACAUGGAGGAUCUGACGGAGGUGAUAACGGCAGCAGAGUUCCACCCUCAGCACUGCCACUUGUUUGUGUACAGCAGCAGCAAGGGAACGCUGCGCCUCUGCGACAUGAGAGCCUCGGCACUCUGUGACAGACACACCAAACUUUUUGAGGAACCUGAGGAUCCAGGAAGCCGGUCCUUCUUCUCAGAGAUUAUCUCCUCUGUGUCGGAUGUCAAGUUCAGCCACAGUGGACGCUACCUGCUGACCAGAGACUACCUCACCGCCAAGGUGUGGGACUUGAAUAUGGACAAAGGCCCAGUGGAGACGUACCAGGUCCACGAAUACCUAAGGAGUAAGCUGUGUUCCCUUUACGAGAAUGACUGCAUCUUUGACAAGUUUGAGUGUGUUUGGAACAGCUCAGACAGUGUGAUCAUGACGGGGGCAUACAACAGCUUCUUCAGGAUGUUCGACAGAGAAACGGGCCGAGGCGUAACCCUGGAGGCGUGGCGAGAAAGCAGCAAGCCUCGGGCCGUGCUUCGGACCCGCCGUGUUUAUACUGGCGGUAAGCGUCGCCGUGGCGAUGUGGGCGUCGACAGCCUGGACUUCACCAAGAAAAUCCUGCACAUGGCUUGGCAUCCAUCUGAAAACAUAAUUGCCAUAGCAGCCACCAACAACCUGUACAUCUUCCAGGAUCGUGUCAACCCUGAGACGCAGGCACAGUGACAGGAACGGAAAUAUGAACAGCGGCAUUGCUUUCAUCGAACUGUCACACAAACGCAAGCAGUGACUCAAAUAUAUCGGGAUGUUUUAGGGAAGGCAUGGGAAGUGGAAAGCGUUUAUGAGAAAUCAAGCUGUUUCAAAACAUACUAAGAUGUAAAAGAUUGGAUUUAUGAUAUGACGUGACAAGACUAUUUAUUCGAUUCAGUUUUUUUGAUCCCCGAGGAAAGUGCAUAAUCAUUUUUCCAACACUGAGAUGAACUGAUAUCUCUGGUGCCCAUCGGGAUGUGUUUUUUUUUUGCUGCACUCUACUCCCACUUUUUGAAGAUGUUUGUGUAACUGCCCCACUGUAGGGGCAGUAGAAGAGGUGCAGGGACACCUCUCCAUCUGCAGUGACUCAGUGCUGUUGAUCACACAAUGUUGCACUCCUCACUAAUACGAUCUGGUAACUUUUCACAUAAAACAUGUUAGGUAGCAAAGGAGAAGGAAUGUCUUAAGCUACAAAACAUACAAGUGACUUUACCAGACAGUGCAUCUAAAUCUAAACAUUUUUUUCACAAUUGUGGAUAUUAGGAAUGGUCUUAUUGUAUAUCUUUUUUUCUUCCUCUCUCCAUGGAGUGACAACAGCAGCUGGACCUCUCCUUUAGAGCAGUGCUCUUGGAGAUUGCACGCAUAAUUGAUCCGCAGUCUUUGCCCUAUUCACUUUGCAAUAAUGGCACUAACAACAACACAGUACAGCAGUAUUCCUGCUUUCAAACGUGAGCUCUUCUUCUACAGGUAACAUAAAUGUAUACUCUCUUUUUACUGUUAGCUGUAAAUAGUCUCUGUUCCUUUUUUUAAGGCGGUGCCAAUUUUGAUUGCCGAGAGCUAAAAAGUUGCAUUUUGUCGGGUACACCGUAAACGAACGUGAGAUCUAACGGAAUCACACCUUUUUCAUUUUCUUGUAGCAGCGCAUAGAUAAUUAUUGCUGGCUGUAGAGAGGGUGAGUCGUGCACAGAACAACACUUACUGUUUAUUGUGUAUAUUAAGCCGGCAUUGGGUUUUGAUUGCUGCAUCGAGGUCAUUUCCAGUUUAAAAUCUAACACACUUAGAUGGUAAAUCAUUGCAGCUGAGGGAGACAGAGUGUUACUGUUGAGCUCUCUCACAUAUGCUUAAAAUUAAGGCUGAUUGGUGAUCACAUUUAAAAGACAAAAGUUUAAUUGCUGUUAAGCGUGCUAAUUUAAAAUGAGCAUCGGCCAUUUUAUAAUGCAGAAGCACAUUUUGAUAACGGAUCUCAACAAUCAAGAAAAAGUUGGAUUCUAAGCACAUUGCUCACAAAUGAGACCCCUGAUUCAGCUAAUCAAAGAUUUAAUGACUACGUAUGUGUCCAGUGUGAUUGAAGGCCAGAGGUUAUCAUCAGUGCAAUAGCUCAUUAUGUACAUUGCGGGAAGGUCUUGAACUUCUAAACAAUAACGUCAUGUGGAUUUACUCAUCAUGUCACAGGUUGCUAAAUGUCAUUAAUACCGUAUACCUCACAGUGCCACAUGCUAUUCUGGGGUGCGACACUGAAAGCCUAGGAUGUACAGCAGUAAGGUGACGUCUGUGGUGGACGGAAUUGCGUGACAAGAUUUGUUUACAGUGAAGUACUUUGUUUUUAAGUGACCUUGGCCCUGAUGGGAUUAUUGUAAGUGGUCUGGAUGUGUCCUGUAGCAGGUGGAGAAACGGAAUCAGUGCAGAGGUAGAUCGUAAAGUCCCUUUGCGCUUUUUCAAAAUUUGAAACGUUACCGAUCAACAAUAGUUCACUGUGUAAACCUCAAACCCUUGAAAAGACACAAUUGAUCAUAUCUGUUGCACUUGUCUACUGUCUCAUUACUUUUCACCUCUUUUGGUUUCCAAAUCGCUGUUCGCAGACAGUUACAGUCUGUGUGGGCUUUCUUACAGCAAAUAUGUUUCGGUCUUCACUGUCACUAAUGUUGUUGAAUGCAGACACAGUCUUACACUAAUUGGUUGAACAACGUGUACAACAGAAAAACAGUCAGUAUGAUGACAAACCCACAAAAACUGGUUUACAUAGUGACAGACCACCUAAAUCAUUAUACAAGCUCCAUGGCUCAGCCCUCCAGUGGUGAACUCUAGAUUUAGAACAAGUCAGUUGUAAUCGCAUCAUAACCACCAUCACAUACAACCACUGAGGGGAUUUAUGUUCGGGAGCACAGCAGCAGCAUGUUGCCAUUACUCAAUGCUACUAGUGUGUAUAUCUAUCAUACUUUAAAAGAAAAAAAGAGAGAAAUCUAACAGUACAAAAACAUAACUCAAAUGAGGUGAAUGAAAGGAAUGUGCAUUAAUAAAAUAAGAUGAAAUCUGA